UCACGUCCCUGUGAUCAAAACUCCAACUCAGAGGAAAAGAUGAACUGUUUUUUCAGUCUGAGCGGCUUUUGUAGAUCUGUAAUGCGCAAAGAAAAGAUGGUCAUCAGGGGCGCACAGGUGGGCGCGCUCUCCAAGGUACCAACAGAUCUGUCUGCGCAGUUCCGCCGCUCACACAACCUGGCAGUUUGGACACCAGAGGAACAAAAUCUGCCGUCCAGCUCAAAUCAACCCUCGGCUUAGCUGUGACCCAUCGUUGCGCGGUGUUUGAUUAUAUACGGAGGAUGGAUUUCUCUACACGGUAGUCUUGAGAGGAGAGGAGGGGACAUGGGCGGGGCUGAGGCGCCUCUCAUUUCCCCUCCAUGCUUAGCGGGGCAGCAGGGCUGGAGAGACCUCCGGGGAGCACAGUCGCCAGUCCAGCACGGAGACCCGCCUGGCCAAAAAACCGCGCCUCACACUUGCCAGGAUUGCCAAAUAUUCCUGAAAAAUAUACCUGCUAUUUAUGGCAUGUGGCUUGUAACUUUACUCCUGCUGUACUGUCUCCAAGAAGUACACAGUGAGGAUGUGGGCUCUACCAGGCUGUACUUUGUGAAUGCCUCCCUGCAGAGGGUAACCUACUCCAGCUCGGUGGGGGUGUCCCUGCCCUGUCCAGCAGGGGGCACCCCCAGUGCCAUACUGCGCUGGUACCUGGCCACUGGCGACGACAUCUACGACGUGCCCCACAUCCGCCAUGUGCAUGCCAAUGGCACCCUACAACUGUACCCGUUCUCCCCCUCCGCCUACAACAGCUACAUCCACGACAACGACUACUUCUGCACUGCUGAAAACCAGGCCGGCAAAAUCCGCAGCCCCAACAUUCACAUCAAAGCUGUUUUCAGGGAGCCCUACACUGUGCGGGUGGCAGACCAGCGCUCGAUGCGGGGCAAUGUAGCUGUGUUCAAGUGCCUCAUCCCUGCUGCUGUGCAGGAGUAUGUCAGCGUUGUGUCCUGGGAAAGAGACACCGUUUCCAUUGUCCCAGGUAAUAGGUUUUCACUGACCUCCUUUGGGGCUCUUUACAUCUCUGAUGUUCAGAAGGAGGACGCCCUGUCCACAUACCGGUGCAUCACCAAACAUAAGUACAGUGGCGAGACACGGCAAAGUAAUGGUGCCAGGCUCUCCGUAAUGGACCCCAAUGAGUCCUCACCCACUAUCCUGGACAGUUUCCAAGCAUGGGAGGUGUAUGCAGGCCAGAGCAUCGAGCUCCCCUGUAUAGCGGGAGGUUACCCCAGCCCCACCGUGCGCUGGCUGAAAGAUGGUCGCUCACUGCCCUCGGAUGCCCGCUGGACACGACGUUUGACAGGUCUGACCAUCAGUGACCUGAGGCAGGAGGACAGUGGCAGCUAUGCCUGCGAGGUCACCAACAGUUUUGGCUCAAAAGAGGUGUCUGGACAGCUUCAUGUUAUAGAUCCACUGCGAGUGACCUUAUCCCCUAAGAAUCUGAAAACGGGCAUCAGCAGCACACUGUUUUUCACCUGCACUGUGGAGGGCUCUCCAGAAUACACCAUCACCUGGUACAGGAACACAGAGCCCAUCAUCCCUGACCAGCACAUCUCAAUCCAGGGACAACACAAUGACACCCUACAGAUCACUGCAGCACAGAAGUUCCACUCUGGGGCCUACCAGUGCUUCGCCUCCCGAAAGGGCCACACCGCUCAGGACUUUUCCAUUAUUCUGUUAGAGGAUGGUACUCCUCGCAUUGUGUCUUCCUUCAGCGAGCGGGUGGUGAAUCCCGGCGAGCCUUUCUCCCUCAUGUGUGCAGGCAAAGGAGCACCACCUCCCUCCAUUACCUGGACACUGGAUGACGAGCCCGUGGUACGAGACUCCACCUACAAGACCAGCCAGUACACCCUGUCGGACGGCCUGACUGUGUCACAUGUCAAUGUCAGCAGCCCGCUCAUUCGAGAUGGGGGAGUGUAUCGUUGCAUUGCACGCAACUCGGCCGGUAGCGCAGAGUACCAAGCGCGCAUAAACGUAAGAGGUCCACCUCGAAUCAGACCCAUGCGGGACAUCACUGCAGUGGCUGGCAGGAAUACCUACAUAACGUGCCGUGUGAUUGGGUACCCGUAUUAUUCCAUCAAGUGGCUGAAGGACGGCAUGCAGCUGCCUGAUAAUCAUCGUCAAGUGGUGUUUGAGAAUGGCACCCUAAGGCUGACAGACGUGCAGAAGGGCGCGGACGAGGGCACCUACUUGUGUAGCGUUCUGAUCCAGCCCCAGGUGUCAAUCAACCAGACUGUUCACGUCACUGUCAAAGUGCCGCCGCUCAUCCAGCCCUUUGAUAUCCCCUCUACCUCAGUGGGGAAGCUCAUGUACAUUGCCUGUGUGGUGUCAUCUGGGGACAUGCCCAUACGCAUCACCUGGCACAAAGACGGCCAGCUCAUUGUGCCAGGCUCUGCCUCUGGCGUCGCAAUAGAGACCAAAGAGUUCAUGAGCUCCCUGCAAAUCUCCAAGGUGACACUGAAGCACAAUGGAAACUACACCUGCAUCGCCAGCAAUGCCGCCGCCACUGUCAGCUGGGAAAGACAGUUGAUUGUUACUGUGCCACCACGUUUUGUGGUUCAGCCAAACAACCAGGACUGUAUAUAUGGCAAAGCUGGAGUUCUCAACUGCUCUGUGGAGGGUUAUCCACCUCCAAAAGUCAUGUGGAAACAUGCCAAAGGUAAAGGGAACCCUCAGCAGUAUCACCCAGUCCCUCUAACUGGCCGUAUCCAGGUCAUGUCUAACGGCUCUCUGCUCAUUCGACAUGUGCUUGAGGAUGACCGAGGGUACUACCUCUGUCAGGCCUCCAAUGGAGUGGGCUCAGACAUCAGUAAGAGCAUGAUCCUCACUGUCAAGAUUCCUGCCAUGAUCACCAGCCACCCCAACACCACCAUGGCAAGGAAGGGCCAGACGAAGGAACUGAACUGCACAGCACGGGGGGAGCAGCCCAUUAUUAUUCGCUGGGAGAGAGGGGACACAGUCAUCGAUGCUGAAAGAAACCCCCAUUACUCUAUAACCAUUAACAAGAAAGGAGACGAAGUCAUCUCCACCCUAAAGCUGAACCCGGCUGAGCGAGGAGAUUCUGUCUUCUUCUCCUGCCAUGCCAUCAACUCUUAUGGAGAGGGUCGAGGGCUCAUCCAACUCACUGUGCAAGAACCACCAGAUCCCCCUGAGCUGGAAGUGAGGGAGGUGAAGGAUAGGAGUAUGAAUCUGCGCUGGAUCCAAAGGUUUGAUGGAAACAGCAUUAUCACCAGCUAUGACAUAGAGUACAAAAACAAAUCAGAUACAUGGGAUCACAUGUACACAACCAGGAACAUCUCCCCCACCAACAACCAGGCCAACAUCGUAGAGCUGCACCCUGCUUGUGUUUACAGCAUCCGCAUGUACUCCUACAACAAGAUUGGCCGCAGCCUUCACAGUAAAGAGCUUACAAUCAGUACUGAAGAAGCACCACCUGACGGGCCACCAAUGGACGUGAUCCUCCAACCGAUGACAUCCCAGAGCAUACGGGUUACGUGGAGGUCUCCUAAGAAGGAGCUGCAGAAUGGGGUUAUUCGAGGCUACCAGAUCGGUUACAGAGAAAAUGGUCCAGGCAGCAAUGGCCAGUACAGUAUAGUGGAGAUGAAAGCUACAGGGGACAGUGAAGUGUACACCUUGGACAACCUAAAGAAGUUUGCACAGUAUGGCGUGGUGGUCCAGGCCUUCAACAGAGCUGGGACUGGCCCAUCCAGUACUGAGAUCAACGCCACCACGCUGGAAGAUGUGCCCAGUGAGCCUCCACAGAAUGUGCGUGCCAUCUCAGUGACGUCAGAUGAAGCGGUGAUUACGUGGGCUGAGCCUCCACGGCUGACACUGCACGGUGUGCUGAAAGGCUACCGGGUUGUGUUUUGGUCCCUCUUCGCUGACGGAGAAUGGGGAGAGAUGCAAAAUAUCACCACCACCCGUGAACAGGUAGAGCUGCGAGGGUUGGAGAAGUUCACUAACUACAGUGUUCAGGUGCUGGCCUACACACAAGCUGGAGACGGAGUCCGCAGCAAUGUCCUGUAUAUCCAAACCCACGAGGACCUUCCUGGUCCACCAGCUGGCAUCAAAGCAGUUCCCGCUUCACCGAGUAGUGUGUUUGUGUCCUGGUUGCCUCCUCACAAACCAAAUGGUGUUAUCCGGAAGUAUACCAUCUACUGCUCCAGUCCAGGGUCUGGACAGCCAGCACCCAGUGAGUACGAGGCCAAUCCAGAGAUGCUCUUCUACCGUAUCACGCACCUUACGCGUGGUAAACAAUACCACAUCUGGGCUGCAGCCGUGACAACUGCUGGCCGAGGCAACAUCAGCGCAAAGGUCACAGUGGAGCCUGCUGGGAAAGUCCCAGCUAAAAUCCUGUCCUUUGGGGGCACAGUGACCACGCCCUGGAUGAAAGAAGUGCGGCUGCCCUGCAGCUCAGUGGGAGAACCUGCCCCCAUGAUUAAAUGGACCAAAGACAGUGAGAACUCGGCCAAUCCAGUGACAGCUGACAGUCAGCGGCAGAUCUUAUCCAACGGCACACUGGUGCUACGUUCAGUCAAAGCAGAGGAUUCUGGAUACUACACCUGUACAGCCACUAACACCCUGGGCUUUGACACCAUCAUAGUCAAUCUUGUGGUGCAAGUUCCUCCCGACCAGCCUCGUCUGAUGGUCUCCACUACCUCCACAUCUUCUAUCACCCUGGCUUGGAUUCCUGGGGACAAUGGAGGAAGCUCCAUCAGAGGGUUUGUGCUCCAGUACUCCGUGGACAACACAGAGGAAUGGAGGGAUGUGUUCAUUAGCUCCAGUGAACGUUCCUUCAGACUGGAUAAUCUGCGCUGUGGAACCUGGUACAAGGUCAAGUUGGCUGCCAAGAACAGUGUUGGCUCAGGGCGAAUCAGUGAGAUCAUUGAGGCUAAGACCCAUGGAAGAGAACCAGUUUUCAACAAGGACCAACCACUGCUCACCCACAUCAACUCCACUCAUGCAGGGCUCAACCUGCAGGGCUGGACCAGCGGCGGCUGCCCCAUCACUGAUUUGAUGUUGGACUUCAGGCCCAAAGGUACGUGGGCCUGGCAGAGCCUCAAGGCCAACUCCACCACUCAGCUCUUCCUCAGUGAGCUGCGUGAAGCCACCUGGUACGAGCUCAAAAUGAAGGCCUGCAACAGUGCUGGGUGUGGAAACCAGAGCUCCCAGUUUGCCACUACUGACUAUGAUGGCAGUACAAUCCCUCCAAUUAAAUCCGCUCGGGGAGAAGGUGAUGAUGUGAAAAAGCUGUUCUCCAUUGGCUCUCCAGUCAUCCUGGUUACUCUGGGUGUUGCUUUGCUUUUCAUUAUCCGCAAGAAACGCAAGGAGAAAAGGCUGAAACGUCUUAGAGAUGCUAAAAGCCUUGCUGAGAUGCUUAUCAGCAAGAACAAUCGCAGUAUAGACACUCCUGUGAAGGGACCUCCUCAAGGACCAAGGCUCCAUAUUGACAUCCCACGUGUGCAGCUGCUCAUCGAGGACAAGGAAGGCAUUAAACAGAUAGGAGAAGACAAGGCAGCUGUGCCAGUGACAGACACUGAGUUCAGCCAGUCAGUAAAUCCACAGAAUUUCUGCACAGGUGUGUCUCUGCACCACCAAGCUCUUAUCCAGAAUUCUGGACCUUUGAUUGACAUGUCAGACAUCCGACCAGGCACAAACCCUGUGUCCAGGAAGAGUAUAAAAUCUGCCCAUAGCUCCAGGAACAGAUACUCCAGCCAGUGGACACUAAGCCGGCCGAGUCAGAGCCAGUCGACAGCCUCAGCGCGAACUCUGACCUCAGACUGGCGAACAAUGGGCUCCCAUGGCAUCACUGCCACUGAGAGUGACAGCUACAGCGCCAGCCUUUCCCAAGACACAGAUAAGGGUCGCAACAGCAUGGUAUCCACAGAAAGUGCCUCCUCUACCUAUGAGGAGUUGGCGAGGGCUUAUGAGCAUGCCAAGCUGGAGGAGCACCUGCAGCACGCCAAAUUCACCAUUACAGAGUGUUUCAUCUCUGACAGCUCAUCUGAUCAAAUGACCACAGGCACCAAUGACCCGGCAGACAGCAUGACCUCCCUCAGCACACCGUCUGAACCAGGCAUCUGCCGCUUCACUGCCUCACCACCCAAACCUCAAGAUUAUGAUCGCGGUAAAAAUGUGGCUGUGCCCAUUCCCCACCGCGCUAAUAAAAGUGAAUUCUGCAACCUACCCCUAUACAUGAAGACGGACCCGUUCUUCCGCAAGCAAGGGGAGCUGCAUGAUCCCUGCCCGGCUGUGCCACCGCGGGAAACCUCGAUCCGCAGCUUGACGCAGCGAGUGUAUCACACCCAGGGACGUCACAAGACUCUAGACCCCGCCAAGCAACAGGCCCUGACGCUGGGCCAUUCUGGGCUGAGUAGUUUGGGUUCAAGCUCGGGCACUGCCACCUUGCCCCAAAGGACUCUGACCAUGCCCAGCUCUAACACAGCAGCAACAGCUUCCACUUCCAGCACGAGCAGCAACCCCACCAACAGUAACAAAGUGGGGGGCUCCAGAGACUCCCUCCUAGAGAGCAGCUCCUCUGCCCUGGGGAGACUGCAGAAACAAAGUGUGGGCGCCUACUCCAAGUCAUACACGCUGGUGUAGUCCUUUCUCUUGCACAUAACUGCACUGCCGUCCCACUCCUCAGCCAGCCCCACACUGGUACACUUCAGUCUGGGCCAGAAGGGACAUGCAACCCUUUUUUCUAAACCCAACUAUAGGCGAACUGGCCCACAUCCUAUCAAAGUUUCCAUGGGCUAGGCAUUCUCCUAGACAGAGACCCAGCUAACCCUACUUCAUGUUCACCUGGGACUCUGGGAAUAUAAAAGAACUACUAACACCAACUAAUAGUUCCAGCCAGGUGGUGCUCAGCUCCGCUAAGUUUUUGUAAGAGUUGCACAGCAAAACAAAAAAAAAAAAAAGAAAGAAAGAAAGAAAAAACAAAACAAAAAAAACAGGAAGUGAUUACGUGGUCAUUUGGAAAUAUUGACUAUAACUAUGGAUUUAACAGUUCUGUGUUUAUGAUGAUGAAGACUACAAUAGCCAGUAUGAAGCUGUGUGGCCAUCCUGUCUCACAUACGCACACACAUACUGUCCUCAAUAGUUUGAUUAUUAUUGUCAAUUUGCAGGACAUCCUGUUGAGUUCCCUAUUCUUAUCGUAUCUUUCACCCUCUAUGUGUCUCUUAAAGUCCCAAAUAUCUAUUGGCAAGAUUUUCUCCAAAAGAAAUAAUUCAGGUUCACUUCCAACAAAGAUGCAGUUUUUAUCACAUUCAUUUUUCCUCACAGUUCUCUCUCCAGCUGAACAGUGGUUCACUUUUUAAACUAAUCAUGACAACCCAUAUGAACAUCUAUAAGUUCUCACAUUAUAAAUAGAGAAUAUUUGGUAUUAUAAAGAAUAUACAUAUAUAUUUCUAUGUAGGUAUAUUAUUGACAUUUAAGUGAAAUUAUGACAAAGUAUAAACUGUAUGUACUACAAUAGUCUAGUAGUAUAUACAGCAAUUUAAUGUUAAUGUCAAAUUUAAGAAUGAGACAAUCGCUCAGUCAAGAAAUUUAAAAGAAAGAAAAUUAAAAAGGUUGGACUAAAGACAAAGAAAGAAAAGUUUAGUGUAAAUACACAGGAUGUUCUGUAUGUUACUGUAUGUAGACCGACUAAGUGAAGAGGGUUUUGCUCCAGUGUGGACAGAGUGAGCCUUUCCAAACCCCAUGUCGAGAUGGGAAAAGCAAGGUAGGCUACUUAGUUUUAGUUUCAGCUCCUGAAAAGGCAGGCAUGGGUAAACAGAUUAUAACCUCCCUGGUAUGCAAUGCCUGCGCUUUGCUGUGUGCGUUUGGAGGAAAUAAUUAAGGCCUCUGUUUGUGGUAUGGAUGACGGAGGCUCAGUCACAGAUAUAGCAACGUGUCCUACCGACUUUACAGUCAGCCUUAGUACCACUGAGCCAAUCUUUGCCCUUCAAACAAAGACAACUAGCUGAAGGAAUCCCAGUCAUGAUGUGAAUGAAGUAAAAUAAUAUAACGCUGAGAGAUAUUUUAUGUCAGGGAGUUCAGUUUUGAAAAUGAUAUAAUGUUCACUUGAUAUCUAUGUUGUUGCCCUGUCUGAAUUACUGUACAUGUCCCACUUUCCAUGUCCAUACCACUCCAUUAACGUACAUUCAAACAAGAACCUAUUGAAAUAUCUUUUUGAAGCACCUCCAUGACAGUUUUUGUGGCUUAUAUUUAUUUAUCCAUUUGCUUUUUUUGCUUGUUUCAGGGUGAGGACAUUUAAUCGUCUGCUGAUUUUGAUUUAAAAUGUUCAUUUUAAUUUGAUGGGGUUUUGUCAAAAUUCCAGAGGCCAAACAGUAUUAGGGUACAGUGUGUGGUUUGUGGCUAAAACCGGUUCAGCCAAGUGAAAUCAGGGACUUGUAGCUCUUUAGGUCACACAAACUACUGUUGUAUUGUGUAUAUACUGGACUGGAGUCGAUUUGUAGACCUGAAACAAUCAGACCCAUGUCCCUUUGCCAUUUAGAUAAAUUAAAGUAAGAAUUCACCACCCUAAACAUACUAGAUUCAUCAUCUACCUUUAUCAGUGUUGUUUAUAGAUUAAGUCUUGUAAAUAAAACACAGUUUUGUAUGAAGAGCUAUUUUCGUCAGAAUAAAUCAGGGGGCACAUCAGGGUUGAAUGCCCCAAUUUCAAAAUUGAAAUCAUAUCAAAAAUAAAAUAAAGUAUUUUACUUCUGAAAUGGGCAAAAAAAAGAGAAUUCCUUCCCUUUAUGUUUUUGAUACUAAUUUGUUGAAUUUUUA